UGAACGCUGUCGAGUGUCUUCAGUGGUUGUGUCGUUGAGGUCCGCACUAGCAUGUGGUCACCGUCCGCGCGCGCCUCAGAACUAGUCGCGGGAGAACAGAGUGGAAUGCAGGAACACGCGCUCUAACAGGCCUGAGAGAAAAACACCGAACAAGCGCCCGUGGACAGUUUAUAUCGGAUCGACGGGAUUCCGACGCGUCUCAGACGCCCCAGUAGAGGACAAAUAAAAGCAUUUAUCCAAAGAAGUCGAAAACGCGCUUUUUGCCCACUGAUAAAAAGCACUUCGCGUUCUUCUGAAAAGAUUUCCAGGAAUGGAAUCUAUCCCAAAUCAGCUGCCGGCUGGAAGAGACACCAGCUGUUCCCCGAACUCUAAGCAAGACUUGCAGCCUUAUUCUGGCCCAACACUAAAGCCGAACCAAGUCAGUGAGACUUCUUUAUACGGAAUACCGAUCGUUUCACUAGUGAUAGACGGUCAGGAGAGACUUUGCCUAGCCCAAAUAUCCAACACCCUUUUGAAGAACUACAGCUAUAACGAAAUCCACAACCGGCGUGUGGCCCUGGGCAUCACAUGUGUGCAGUGCACUCCUGUCCAGUUAGAAAUCCUCAGGCGCGCGGGGGCUAUGCCCAUUUCCUCGAGACGCUGCGGGAUGAUCACAAAGCGAGAGGCCGAGAGGCUCUGCAAAUCGUUUCUUGGUGCACACUCACCCCCGAAAUUACCCGAAAAUUUCGCUUUUGACGUGUCACACGAAUGCGCAUGGGGAAGCAGGGGCAAUUUUAUCCCAGCCAGGUACAAUAGCUCAAGAGCGAAAUGCAUUAAGUGUUCAUUAUGCAACAUGUAUUUCUCUCCAAAUAAGUUCAUAUUUCACUCUCACCGCACACCGGAGUCCAAAUACACGCAACCCGAUGCUGCGAACUUUAAUUCAUGGAGAAGACACUUAAAACUGAGCGAUAAAAACUCACCGGAUGACGUGGCACAUGCCUGGGAAGACGUAAAAGCCAUGUUUAACGGUGGCAGCCGCAAGAGGACGCUGCCAAUCGGUGGGUCUGGGGGUUCACCCCCGCAUCAUACUCAGAGACCGGGAGGUCAGUCCCAGGGUGAACCAUCUGAGGUCCCCCAUAAAACUCUCCGUUGUGAGGAUGACAGGGUGAACGUGACCAUGCCCAGCAGCAUUCGCAGUUACCCUGUUAUUCCAGUGCCUAGCAAGAGUUUUGGGAUGUUACAAAAAAUUCCACCACCUCUCUUUCCGCAUCCAUAUGGCUUUCCGGCGUUUGGACUGUGUCAAAAGAAAGAUGAUGGUGUUGUGAUGGGAGAGCCAAACAAAACGAACCUGCCAGGUGUGUUCUGGCCGAGCACUAAGGACAGUGCCUAUCCAUCUUUUCCGAUGUUUUGGCCUACAACAGGCAGCUUAGCAAUGCCAACAUACCACCAUACUCAACCAAAACCUCCAUCUGACGUGUUAUGCACCAGACAUGAGCUGGACGGGUCUGAGCAAAGCGACCGAAGCACGAGCACCCCUAAAGACAGUCUACUUGACAAUGAACGGUGCUCUAGCACACAGUCUACCCGGAACGAGGAGGAUAAAUCAGGAGAUGAGAGUAGAUCAGUUGAAGGCAUCCCAGUCACCCCAAGAAAAAUAAGUUACAUAUCAGCAUUCAGACCAGUGGUUAAAGAUGUUGAGAGCAUUGCGAAACUAUAUGGCAAUAGGGGUCCAUAUUCUGGUCCCAGGGCUGGCUAUAUGUCACCAGAUUUCUUAAGUGAAAGUUCUAGUUAUAGGUCAGCGUCUCCGGACGUGGACAGUGUGGACGAUCCGGAUGUGGAUGUGGAGUCACACAAAGGUGCCGAAGAUGAGGAGUGUCUGCAGCUGUCUGUGGAUGACCGACGGAGCCCCCCUGUUUUGUCCGUGGCACAAAGUGAGGGGGUUAAGGGUCAAGAUCAACAAAAUAACCAGAUGCACGCUAUGACUGAUGUACACACGACUAAUUCAAAUGAAAUGCGACCCGCUGAAUUGGAGAGCCUUGGAAAGCCGUUUGAGAGCAAUAAACACACGACGCGUUUUGAGGUAUAUGCGCGUGAGAGAGACCAGCACACCCAUCAAAUGAGCACGUCUUAUUUUGGAUCAUCUGCCAUUUACCAGCGCGAACCGAUUGAAUCGACUGUUAAAGACAUGCACGAAGAAGAGCCUUCGUCUACAGUGGAGGAGAUGGAACCCAAAAUUAAUCAGGACCAAGCCAGUGUACAUGAAGAUCGCCUAAGGGAAUCCAAUGAUGAUGAGGAAUCUAUGCGCAAAGACCCCAGCAGCAGAGCAUCUUUGAUUGAGAAAAACAUAGAGAGCAUGGCCAAAGAGGAAUUGCAAAAACAACUUGUGGAACAAGUUGAGCUUAGAAAAAAGUUGGAGCGUGAGUUCCAGAAUCUUAAAGACAGUUUUCAAGACCAAAUGAAAAGAGAACUCUCAUACAGAGAGGAAAUGGUGCAGCAACUUCAGAUUGUUCGAGAAGCUCACGACGCACUCCACCAUUUCUCGUGUAAGAUGCUGAGCCCUCGUCACUGCACUGGGACCUGCACCUUCAAGCCGCCUCUUUUACCACCUUGAUGCACAUCUAUUGAAGAUAUGAGCGUUCAAAUACUGCUGUGUCAAAUAAAACUCUGCAAAACACUGUCAGCCUUUAGAACUGGAAAAAGCAAGUGUGUACUGUAGUAUUUUAGCUCUUACACUGUAAUGAAGUCAUUUUCAUGUGCACAACAGUGUUUUCAGACUGACUGUAUGUACUGUAUAAUUUAUAUAAAGUUCUAGAAAAUUGCAUUAUAAAAAGAACGUUCCACUAUAAAUAUUAUCAUCAGCUGUAGAAACCACUGGUAUUAAAUGGCUAUGUGCAAUGCAUAUAUUUGUUAUGUAUCCUGUGAUACUCUUUAUGUUAGUGAUAUGUUAGGACAUUUUGUUCAAUUAGAUGCUACAAUAUUUCAUGUUUUUGUAUUUUAUUUAUUCCAUGUCCAUGUUGGUUGUUUAUUGUCAUUUACAAAUUUGUAUAUUAUUGAUGUAAAGCACUUUAAAUUGGCAGCCCUGUUUCUGAAAUGUGGAUUAAAUGAUCUUGUUUGAGAGUCAUUAUUUUGUUUGUUUCCUUUACAAUAAACUACAGUUGUAUUUAUGUUGUAUCGAGAGGAUGCAGUCCAGUGAAGUACAGCGUGUUGUUCCGUUGAACAUUAGAAAA